UAAUGCAGCCUGCGAGAUUCGGAAAUCCUAGGUUUCAUCAGCUUCACUUGCGUCUUGCGUCGUUUCAUCGAUUCCAUUGUCAUCGUACUCGAUGAUGUUACCCGUGACGUGAGCAGCGUCGUCAUGACUAAUAUCAAUGCUGUUUUCAUUUACAUUGCAGGCGAUCUCUUUGUCAAUUCUCGCUAUUUUAUUAUGACUUGCCAAAAUUUAACUCGAUAUUAAACAUGAGGCUCUACGAGAGAAUAAUCUUAUACUUAUUUUUCCUUAUACUCACAGGCAGAUUUCGUUGACGAGGAAGCCUUAUAGUCGAGCGAGAGCGGCUCUUUGGAUUUCCGCUUCGUACAGUAUUGCGAAAGGAAAUUACUUACAAUGCGGAAAGGAGCAGGUUCUGGACACGGUCACCGAUAUCUUCUUCAUUCUCUCCGAGUAAUCUUCUCGCUUCCACAAUCUCGGCUGCAAUCCCAUGCAAGCGAGGAUUAUUUUUAAAUUGCCCGCAAGCGAAUAACAUAGCCAGUAGGCCACUACUGCACAUGGCCGCGAAUUUAUAAAACACUUCAUAUGUCUUCUCAUCAUUAUCACUCGCGAGUUCGCACAGAUAUUUCCUACGUUUGAUUAUUAGAUUUGCUAUCGACGCUGCGGUUAUACAGUCAGGUACAAUUUUGAAAAGCUGCGACAUCUUAUACUUUUACGAAUAUCAUGGCAUAGGAAUGUUGCUCGAAGCCAUAGAAAUAGUAAAAUACGUCUCAGCAGCUUCGAACACUCUUAUAUAACAUGGAUCUUCCAAAAUUUUGGGAAACCUCCACGAAUGCCUGUGUAAAUAAGGCAGGACUAACUAUACCAACGCUUUUCGGCAAUAUACUUGUCUAGUUUUAUUGCAGAAUUUAGUAUCUAUUAAAGGAUCACAUUAUUCCUGCUAUAAAAGAAUAAUCCUUUUUCUUCUCAUAUCUAUAGCUCGCAUUCUCAGACGUGAAAAAUGCGAGUUCCGUGCGGUUCCCUUAGGCCCUACACGAAAAACGUUUUGUAGAAUUGUCUGUUUAUCUAAAUUUAGAUGCGUGGAAGGAAAUAUAAGCAGUUUUGACUAGGAUAGAACUCCGGUUCACAAAAGAGAUGUAAAGGGCAUUUUCUCAUCCGCUGAUUCGGCAAAUAUAAUGCCUAUUCCCGCGACAACAUAAAAUAAAAUCGUCGGAAUCUGUAGGGUUCGCGCAUUCCGUUUAGUCACAAAAGAAUAAACCUUAUCGCGGCCACAAAAGAAUAAACCUUCUUUCUUCUCGUUUUAUAAAUUCUCAGAUGUGAAAAAAUGUGCGUCAUUCCUUUGCGGCCUAUACAAACGAUUUGUAGAAAUGUGUUUAUCUAAACAUAAAUUUAGAUGUAAGGAUGGACGAUAUAAUCGGUAUUGACUACAAUAGAGUCCGAUUGGAAACUUUCACAAAAGACCAUAAAAUGUAUUUUCCCAUCCACUGCUUCGACAAAUAUAACGCCUGCUCCCACGACAUCAUGAAGCCUGUAGGAACACGUACGCUCCGUUCUGAGAAAUUCUAGAAUAUUCUAGGCUGAAUUAUUUAACAAAUAUUAAGAAAUAAAUUUAUUUGUUGUAUGCUCACAGAACUACCCCUCCACUUUUCUUUUUCCUAUAAGAAGCCCAUUGGGCUGGGCCCAAACCAUUUGAGCUUCUUCAGUCUUAAUACUUGUUUCGUGCGACGAAAUAUAUUAGUUCUCGUGUUUUCACCUGUGGGAUAAUAAGUUCUUGUGAGAAACAUAAUGGCGAAUACUAAUGCAAAUGCAGAAUUUAAGAAGAUCGCGUAUGGUGAUUCUGGGAAGGCUCGCUAUGAGAGCUAUAUGCUUCUCUCCACUACUUAUCCCCUCAACACUUCGCAUACCAAGAGGAUGCAAAUCGGAUUGCGGGCAUCAAACGACGGGACAACGUUUGAGCCUACAAUAAAACUAUCCGGCAAUACCUCUACAGGGAUCCAGUUCAACUUCGCCACAUGGGAAAAGUUUAAGGAGUACAUGAAAUACAUAGGCGAUUACUUGCACUCGGUAACCAGAGCCGUGCCAGAGCCCGUCCAUAUCAACGAUGUGACCAUCACCUUUAUCACGGCGUAUGGGGCAAGGGCGAUCAUGGUGACUGAAAAUACGAAAACGGCCGAGGUGAACACCGCAUCAAAGAGGAUGCCUACCGAUUCGUCCCAGGGACAGCAGCCGCCGACGAAGAAACGAAAAGUUUGCACGGUGUUACGUCCUGUAGAAAGAAUGCAACUUGACGCUUGCUUUCACAAGCUCCGACGUACUCGCAAGUCUGCGGUGCAGAUCAAGGAUCGGAAUGACCCUUUUAUCUGGCGCGGACGUACGUCGGUGGUCCUUUAUUUAGGUCAAGGAACUGAAUUCUUUUACCUGGGAUAGGACCGUAAGCGACAGUUAAGAGAAGGGAAAAUUUUUUGUUGAGAAUAAUUAGUUGGAAAACGUGAUUGGCUUACAAUUACAAAUAACUUGUUUUAUUGAUGAUUAAGCGGUAGUUCAUAAUGAAAGAGAAUUUAUAAGAUUUAUAAAUGUGUACGUAUACAUAUAUUCAGAACAACGGUUCUUGGUUAUUCUGAAUAAUAUUCCGAGCUGGGAAGAUCCAGUGACGGAGAUGCACGAGGUGAGGGGGGAGAACGCGCUGUUGAUACUUCCGAAGGAGAGAGAGAACGAAUAGGAAUGAGGCCACGGAGCAAAGCUGCGUGAGAACCACAUGUACCACCUUAUAGAGGUGAGGACAGAGGGGAAGUCGUCGGAGACGGGCUCCAAGGUAGAGGAGAGCCUAUAGGAGAUUGGUCAUCGGUAGGACUCAAGGAUGUCGGGGAAUAAGAAAUAGGAGAAGUUCCAGGGGGUAAAUCGGGAAGGAACAGAAGAGGAGAACGUACAGAUCUUACAACGUCGGGUUGGUUAUGACAGACGUAAUUCGGACAGUCUUGUGUCACAAAGUCUAUCUUAAAAUCUUCGUGGUGUGCGCAAAUUUCCGUGGUAAAUACGUCAGUAUGAGAUUCAAUGGAUUGGGCCACUGAAACCGGAUUUCACCAUUAAGGAGGAAUGCCAAGGGGGCCAGAAAAGGGGAAGCAAAAGGAAAGGAAAAGAAAAGAGAGAAGAAAAGAA